AUGGUUUCUUCCAGCACUACUUUGAGUGAAUUGACCACUCCAUUACCAAAUGUCCAGGCAUUCAGCAUCAAACCCGGAAGUUUAAAGAUCCACAUUAAUAGCUGCUUCCUAAACGUUUCAGUAAAACGUCCUUAUGUCAUUAUCACUAUUGGAGAUCAAAUACACCAGACUUCUAUAUCAGACUAUCCUCAAGGUCAAUGGAAUGAAGGGUUUGAAUUCCUGGUGAGCUAUCACGCUCAACUAUUCGACACUAUCCAACUGGAUCUAUAUGAUUCCUACAUGCUUCUACCCGACAGGCAUGUGGGCCGAGCAGAAAUACGACUACGAAAACUAGAAGGCAUGCCAGAAGAAUUUACUUCUUACUACGAAAUCUGGGAAAAGAAACUCUCAAAAGGAGCGAGCUCUCUGGCUUCCCAAAAGAAAACUACUGAGAGUAAUGUGGGAGCAAUACAAGUCCGGAUUUCUUAUGUUUACCAAUCCCAAGAUCCAGUUACACCUUCAGGAAAGACAAAAAAUCCAUCGCUUCACUCCAAGCAAUUGUACAACGAGAAUGAACUAGAAGAGGAAUUUUUAAGAUUAAUAAAGGCACAUCGGGAAAGACCUCCCGGUGAGAUCUUGUUUCGGAAAUAUGAAGAGACAAGUCAAAGAUCAUCUUUUGAUGAGGAAAUAGACAAGGAAGAGGAAGAGAUGAAGAGGUCAACAUUGGUAGAGAAACGACCGUCUGACCUGGAAGAGCAACAUAUGGGUAGUUAUCGCAUAGUCGAGCAGGACAGAGCAAAAUCAAUACCCAAAAAAGAAGAAGAAGAAGAAAUUCCGGCUACUACUACGACUACUACUACGACUACAGGGUCAGUUCUCGGAACUGUCUCGGCUUGGCUUGGCUUCACACAACCUGUACCUUCACAAUCCAAAUCAACCACAAGUACAUCUACUCAAGAUACAUUAACAGAACCCGAAGAUCCUAGUAAUGAAGAACACACGGACCUGAUUGAUACAAUGAAUACUCUGACAACAGAAGACGACUCUUUAAAAACAUUCCCAAUAUUGGAUGCUAUUGGCUCCUGGACCGUUAACAAGGAAACAAAUCAAGUUUUGCGUGCAAUUGGAAAGCUUCUUGCAGCAUUUGGGCAAGGAUUUGAGCUUUCAAAUAUCCAGAUAUUGACUGGAUUUACUAUGCUUGAGAAGUUUUAUACCCAACUUCCACGAGACCGAACCUGGGACUUGGUGGAAGAUCUUUCAGAAAUCGAGCUGGCUUCUCACUUUUGGGAUUAUUCGUUGGCAUCAUAUGGAUGGAAGGGUGUUAAUUUGAUGGGAAAAGGAAACGGUUAUAUAUCAGAUGCUGUCCGUGACCAUUCGGAUGCUCUGACGGUAAUGGAAUAUCUAAAGCUUCCCGAAGAGUGCCUACUGGCAUACGAACUUCGUACAGGAGAGGCAUUUCGUCCAAGUUAUUUUGUUGCCCAAGAUCCAUCAACAGACUCACUCGUGCUGUGUAUUCGAGGUACUAUGAGUGCAUUCGAUACAAUGACAGAUCUUGUGUGUGAAUACGAACCGUGGAAAGGAGGAUUUGUGCAUAAAGGCAUGAAGUCCGCUGCUGCCUGGCUUUUCCGCCAUGUUGCACCUCAAUUAGUCACAUAUGCCAACGAAAACUCUGUGUCAGCGCUUCAUAUUGUUGGCCAUAGCCUUGGUGCAGCAACAGCCGCAAUAUUGACCAUCAUGCUUCUUGAUCAUAUUGACGAAUUUCCAAAAGAUAAAGAAGGAAACCCUUUUGUGAUUCGAUGUUUUGGAUAUGCACCUGCGUGUGGGCUCAGUAUCGAUCUUUCUGAGCGUUACAAGGAUUACAUUCAAUCGAUUGUGUUUGCAGAUGAUUUUGUCAGCAAACUAAGUUAUGGCUCAAUGAUGGACGUAAAAGAAUUGAUAAUAGGAGGUGCAGAAGCAGCACAGAAUCUCGGAAUCGGGCAACUUCUUUGGACACAAGAGCCAGAAGGAGAGCAGUGGAAAAAAGCAUUUGAUCAAAUUGAAGAAUGUCGACGCAGAUGCCUCGAGUCAAUGGAUAACCCAAGGCUGUAUGUUGCAGGCAUGGUUUAUCAAUUUUGGCUGGAUCCUGUCCCCGGUAAAGAUACUCGUAUUGUUGUCGAGCGUACGGAUCCUCGUAGAGUAUCAAGCGAGCUGAUUAUUAGACGCUCCAUUCUUCUUGACCAUCUUCCUUCUAAUUUUGAUGUGUCUUUCCGAAGAGCGCGUGAGGCAUUGAUGGCUAACAAAGAUGACCAACCAGUGGGCGUUCUGGAUCCUUCGCACUCUGAAGACACUGGUGAUAUAGAUCCGAGAGUCCAAAGAUCCAGUAGCACAAAUACAGUUCCACUACACAAUAAGUGCUCAAUGGAUACAGUUAGAGAUACAUUAGCUGAAGAAGGUCUCAAGAGAACCACCGAGAGAGGUGGUGGAGAUGCGCAUGCAGUAAAAGACGCUGUGCGCUAGACGAAAUUGCGGGACUUUAAAAAUAAAUGCAACAUAAAAUUUUCU